AUGGAUCCAAAUGAAAAAAUUGAUGUUGAGGUGAAUAAACAUGGAACUCCAUGUGGUCCAGAAUCUGGUUUAUUUGCAUCUUUCCUUGGAGUUGUAGCUAGAAAUGGACUGUUUACACCCUUGGAACUUAAUUGGAGAAAGGCUGAGUUUCGUCCUUAUAAAGCAAAGAUACUAGAUCUUGUUCAGACGAAGUUUCGAUAUCCAGCUGCUACCACCAAAUGGAUUUUGUCAACUGUGAAUAGAAGGUGGAGCGACUACAAGACGAAACUGAAAAGUAAAUAUUAUGAUCCUGAGCUGUCUAUUGAAGAAAUUCUUGCAAUACCGAAGCCUGAAGGCGUUAUUGAUACCCAUUGGCAGACUUUGGUUAACCGAUGGUAUACUGAAGAGUUUCAGAGACUGAGUAGGAUAAACGCUGAAAAUGCUAGCAACAUGAAGACUCCACAUACAUGUGGAAGGAUGAGCAUUGCAAGGUGGAAGGCUAUAAAAACUAUGGAAACCGGAAAGGAACCUGAUAGGUUGGAAACAUUUGAGAAUACUCAUACAAGAAAGAACGGAACCUAUGUGAAUGGGUAUACAGCAACCCUAAUUGAGAAGGCCCAUACUCUUCGACAAGAAGGUUCUUUUGAUAAUGAACAGCUCUUUCAGAAGGUACAUGGGCCAGAGCAUCCAGGGAGGGUUCGUUGUGCUGGUUUGGGACCAACGCCCUCGACUUAUUUGGGGCCUUCUUCUUCGUCGGCUUCAAUAAAUUCUACCACGACAUCAAACUCUAAUGAGGUAGACGCCCUACGAAGUGAAGUGAUUGAACUGAGAAAUGAACUGAUGGAAGCAAAAAGUGAGGUAGUUGAACUGAGAAGUGGGAUGGAUCAGCUGCAAAUGGAAGUAGACACAUUGAAGACACUGUUCUUGCAACAUCUUCGUAGGGAGAAGGGGUCAAUGGAGGGUUCAAUUCGUGCACCAUCUUCAUCAAGCCAAAGUGCUACACGGGGUUGA